GAUGUGGCCACUUACUUGCGUGUGCCUGUGAGUCACCUUACGUCGAAUGUUUAUGAGCACAAUAAUUUGCACCCGUGCACAGUGCGGCGCGCGCCCUCCCGCCCACGUCGAACAUCAAAGCGCUUACGUCAAGCCCGCCAGGAAGACGACGGCAGACGCCACACUGGCGCCGUUACCGAGGAACAUGCUGAAGCUGAUGGUAUUUAUGGCCGCCAUCAGCACGCUAUAAAGCGGAGGGCAGGAUGAGCAGCCAGCUGCAGCGGCCAUCGGUGCUCGCCUUGGCGGCACUCCUGCUCUGCACAUCGCAGGACAGGACUCACGGCGGCAGCUCAGCAUCCCCAACAGGGCUGAGAGGCAGGGAGGAUUCUGGGAUGCAGGGCAGGUGGCGCCAUGGCAACAGCAGCCUUGAAGGCACAACGUCCGGCUUCUUCAACAGCAGCCCAGGCGACGCAUCCGCUGUGAUGUCAGAACAGUCGCCGCCGCUGUGCGCCUACCAGGUGAUGGAGGGCGGCAUCGGCGGCCCCCUCUGCUUUCGACACACGCUGUCGGGCUACACGUGUCACAAGGCAGACUGCAGGUCAGCCGUGUCUUCGGGGAGGCUAGCGGCAAACAUCCUCCUCAACGGCAGCGUGCUGCUACAGUGGAGCCAAGACGGAGACGCCCGAGGGUCACCCGGUCACACGCCAUCCAGUCUUUUCGCCGGGCGCCGCCACCGACGUGGAGGCUACGAGUUGAGCUGCCGGUGGAACGGCAGCUACACCCAGUUUGAGUGCGCCGGGGUCCACCUGGGCGCCGGGUGCAGGGACUUCCUGCUGAGCGAGCUGCACGAGAACAUCCCCUACCGCGUCUGCCUGAGGGCCCCGGCCCGGAGAGACGAGCGCGGCGACUGCGUGGAGUUCGUCCUGCCGCCGUCCGGGAUGCAGGAUAUCGUCAUUGCCAUGACGACGGUCGGGGGCGCCAUUUGCGUGAUGUUGGUCAUCAUCUGCUUGCUGGUGGCGUACAUCACGGAGAACAUCAUGAGCCCCUCCACGCAGCACACGUACUCCUACCGCACGCGCUCGCGACACUGAGGGUCACCUCAAACAUUUGCGCUGCUGCCAUCGGACGUCCGCGCGAUGCCACCGCCACCCAUUGUCCACUUACCACAUCAGCGUACUGCAGGGGUGUCCAAAGUGCGGCCCGGGGGUCAGUUUUGGCCUGCAGCUCCUUUUUAUUGGCCCUCGGCAUAUUUUCCAAUGUUUGGUUUGGCUAGUUUCACUUAAAUUGACCAACAGUGGAUUGCUUUUAGCAUCUUUAAUUCACAAAAUGCAUCGAAGCGGCCCCGCAUCCUUUCGUUUUUAUUGCUUGGACACCCCUGACGUACUGGACACGUGACUUAAAGCACAGGAGGUGUGUUUUGUUGUUUUUUUUUAACUGAUCCACCUCAGCAAACAAGCGCUAAACCAAAUUCUGUGAUGCAGCGGAACCUCCAAUGUCCAACACCGUCAGAUCAAUUACCGUACUGACCCCAGUGAAGGACGUCAGCCUUUCUUCCUGUCACUCACACGCGGAGGAGUGUGUCAAGGGGUGUAUGAUGCUGAUUUUAACAUCAUGUCCAGCAGCUAUUAUUUAUUGCACUUUAUUUCCGCUGAUUUUCUUUUAGUAUGUUUUUUAAAAUGAUGAGCCAUAUUGUACUGAGCAGCCAGGACAAAGGGGCAGUGGUGUCCAAAGUGUGGCUCUGCGUAUUCAUUCAUAUGAUUUUAUCAUACAUUAUUGGAUUAUCAUGCUAAUAACUAUAUGCUUUGAAUAUAAGACGACGCUAAACUAUGCUUUUAGCAUCUUUAAAAGUACAAAAUGUAUCAAAGUGCAUUCCUCACACCUGCUCUAUGGUCUUCAUCACAUUUCUCCUCCUUUAGUGAAGGCUAAUGACAUUUGUGGUCGUCAUAAGAGGCAUUUUCCCCAAAGAAUUUAGCUUGGGUUCCACAGCGUUUUGACUCUGGAGGCUCCACUGUCCUCUCCACUCAGUCCAUCUGUGUUGCAUUCAAGUGUCGUCCGUAAUGGAGUGCGUUCAUCUGUGCGCCGACAGCAUUAUACAGCAAUAUAAUUAACCAAAUGCUUUGGAGUACAACCCCAUUAGCUGAUGUUUGCUCAGUGUGCUACGCCUCUUAAGUGUCCAGAUUAAUUGUGUCCUCGCUGUAAAGACACUCCCGUGAAUCAGACGUCCGUCUGACUGCAUUUUCCACUAAGGUCUCCACUAAUGUACCACUUUGUGAAGGGCAAUACAAUCUUCAAAUACUCUACCAAACACCGUGAAUCACAAUACCUUUGUGUCCUUCUGUCAGACAAUAAAGUAUCCGGAGAUUAUUUCUCGUGUUGCUUUUUUGUGUGCCCGAGAGCGUGGCCGUGUGUUCAACUUCACACGUACAAAACAGCACUAAAAGAACCUCCACAAGGACGUGUCACGAUACAAAAAUAGGCUUCACUGCAUCAUCUAAUUAGGCUGGUGGCGUUUGUAUCCAGUGUCGCUGCAAUCGAAACACUGCUACGGCAUACAAAAUAAACAUUGGUGUGCUUUUUGUCUGAAUUAUGAAAAUGAAUGUUUGCCUUUUGCUGACAUAAGCAGGAAUGUAAAACUUGUACACCCAUCUUAUAUUACAUAUGUUUAGCCCUUAAGACAGGCGUGUCCAAAGUGCCAUUAGAGGCCCAUGGCUCGGCACAGGUCUUUAAUGCCGUCCAUGCCUGCUGGACGUGUGGUGUCCUCCACACGGGAAUUGGACUGCUGGUGAAGAAAAGACGUCAUAUUUAAUUGCAUGCCUUUUGCAGUUUGCAGUUUUUUUAUUCACGAAAUUCCAGAGUGAAAAAGACUUCCAAAUUUGUUUCACAUUUAUUAUUUUGCAAAUUACCGUGUUCCCACGAUCCAUCACAGUUCACCUUCCGCGGGUUUUUUUGUGCAAUUUUAGUGUAUUUUUUUACCACGUAUGAACGUUGUUACAGGCUGAGCCUGGCCCUUUAAGAAGCAUUGCAUUGUGGGAAGUUGAGUGUUGUAGUUCUGUGCUCUGGGGGGGGUGGCUAUGUCUCUUCUGUUUGCACCGCCUAUUGUCUCCUGCGUCCUGAUUGGCUGUAGACCAUUGUCAAUCAAUCUCCUUUGUGCCGUCUCCUGUUGUGGUCAUCGCGAGCAAACUAGCUAACGGUGUGAGCUGCUUGCUAACCGCCAAUAAAUAGAAGCUAACCGUGUACAGUAACUCUGAACUCUGUAUGUUUACAACUUUUCUCCUCGACAAAACCCACAAUGUUCUGCACCUCAUAGGUGGAUCAUUAAAAUUCAAACGAGAAUUGUGAUAUAAUGUUAAUGCCUGUCUGAGGAAAGUGUAUAAAGUGUAUGCUGGGGGGGUUUACAGCCUUAAAACAUAAUUGUAAAAAAAUUGGUUGGCUACUUCACCAAUUUCACUUAUUGGGAACCUAUCCCAGCGAUAAACGAGGGAACAAGAGGCGACACAACUCAAACACACUUUAAGAGCAGGGGUGUCCAAAGCAGCAGUUUAUAUGGCUUGCAUCACAACUGAUUAAAAAAAUCAUCAUCGUCAUUUUAUAAUUUAAAAAUUAACGAGAAAAAGUCAUAAUUUUACAAAGUCGUAAUAUGCGGAAAAAACAUCAUUUUAGUAGCAUAAAAUAUAUGAAUAUUUUAAAAAAUUACAAGAAUAGCUGGAAAUUUAAAAAAAACAGCAGAAAUGGGAAAAACAUCUGAAAUUUUAUAACGCGAAGAGAGAAAAAAUUCUACUCCAAUGACAAAAAGUAGCAAUUUUACAAGAUGAAUGUUGUAAUAUUGAGGAAAAAAAUGCCACUUUAGAAGCAUAAAGUUUAAUUUUAAAUUGUUUUUUAACUUGUAAUAUUAUGACAAACAAAACAACAUAUGGAAAAUUAGGUUGCAGGAAAAAAAAAGCUGAUGAGAAUAGUCCAAAUAAGGGAAUAAAGUCAUAAUUACAAGAACAUUUACCUACUGUUGAAUUAGUUAGAAAAAAGUUGAAUUCUAACGAGAAAAAAGGUGCAAGUUUUACAAGAAUAAACUCUUAUAAACUGUAUAAAGUUGGGGAGAACGUCAUAACAUUAGGAGAACAUUUACCAACUCUAUUUAAGAUGAAAGUUGAAAUAUUUGGAAAAUGAAAAAACAGUAAAAAUGUGGGGGAAAGAGCAAGCGAUUGAAUGAAGUUUAUAUUACAAUUUGGCUUUUUUUUAUCUAUCUGCAGUUUUUUUCUCAUACAAAACUUCAAAGUGGCCCUUGCAUCCUUUCUUUUUUCAGGAUGUGGCCCUUGGUGGAAAAGGUUUGGACCCCCCUGCUUUAAGAAA